AUGAUACUCAGAAAUGCCGCUAUACGGCAUGGCCGUGCAUUGGCGCCUCCGAUCUCGAGAUCUGCCCUGCGACUGCUAUCCACCGAAGCGAACAGCCAAAACGCAGUCAAUUCGAGCCCCAAUGCAUCCGCCCAGGCCUGGUCCGCGGGGCAAUCUUCAUCUGCCCAGCCGAAAAUCCUGUCAGGAUCGUCGUCCAAGAAGAGGAAGCAGAAGACUGUGCAAGAGUUCAUCAUGAGCCUCGGAUCUGAUUCCGCCCAGGAACACUCGGGAGCCUCUUGGACAAAACCGCACCAGAUCGGAAGCGAGGGGCAAGAAGUGACUCCGGCGCAGCAGUUUGCAGAUUUUCAAAGAAUUCAGAAGAAUACAAGAAGCCUCGGCUCUCAUGUGGAGAGGCGUUACGUGCCGACUGAAUUAAUUAGCAACCCUCCCGGCCCAGAGCAUGUGUCGUUGGAGCUCCUGAUGGCUUCACAGGCGCACAUGGGACAUAAUACCUCUCUCUGGAACCCCGCCAAUUCUCGAUACAUUUACGGCGUCCGACAGGGAAUUCACAUCAUCUCACUCGAGACGAUUGCUGCGCAUCUUCGACGAGCGGCACGAGUCGUUGAAGAGGUUUCAUACCGGGGCGGUGUCAUCCUCUUUGUUGGCACUCGAAAGGGUCAGAUGGAAAUUGUCACCAAGGCCGCUGAACUGGCUGGUGCAUGUCAUUUGUUCACCAAGUGGACGCCUGGAGCUAUUACAAACCGAGAUGUUAUCCUCAAGACUCAGGCGACAAAGGUUGUCGAUCAUUUGGACUCCGAGUUGGAUGGUUUCGACAUGUACAAGGGCAUGGCCAGACCGCUACUGCCUGACUUGGUAGUUUGCCUGAAUCCCUUGGAAAACUACACCAUGUUGUACGAAUGCGGUCUGAAGAACAUUCCUACAAUUGGUGUCAUUGAUACAAAUGUCGACCCGUCCUGGGUUACCUACACUAUUCCUGCCAAUGACGACAGUUUACGAGCAAUGGCGGUUGUUGCCGGAGCCCUGGGCCGAGCUGGUCAGAAGGGCAAGGAGCGUCGCCUCCAGGACUCUUCCCGGGGCAACGUUUCAUGGAACACCUCACCAGAGUUGGAAAGACACAUGAAGAAAGAAGUCCAGGCGGCGGUGACGAAACGCAAGGAAGUGAUGGGCCGAAUACAGUCUAAUGUUCAGGGGUUCACCGAAGAGGAACAGAAACUUUUGCGAGUCCGGAAUAACGAGGUGGACCUUGAAGUGAGCGAGGACGAAAUGGUCAACAUGUUGGGCGAGACUGCACUGAAAGAUGCCGGAGAAGCUGUCGCCGAAGCAGGCCAUGUGGAUUCUUCAAAGACGUCAAGUUGGAAAGUAGGGGAGGGCCUUGCGGACAUCGAGGCGCAACUGCAACGAGUGCAGCAACAAACGAGACAUAUCGAGUUGGCAGUCGGAAGCAAGCAGGAGUGA